CAGUGGUCUGGCCCUAUGCCUUAUAUCACUCUUAUCGCCUUAUCUGACCUCUGUAACGACGGUACUCAAUUAAAGGACAAUAUGAAAUUCAUUGUCACACUUUUGGUGACUUGCGUUGCCGUUGCUAGGGCCGAUUUAAAGGCUGAUUUAGCCAGCCUCCUCCAGGACCUCACACCGGAAGUGACGCACGCCCUACAAGAAGGGAAUCACCUAGCGGGACAAUUGCUUCACCAUGGACUGGAGGGAUGGAACAUGUUGUUGCGUCCAACAGUCUUUGAGAACAGAAGAGAAGCCAGCCAUCUUACAGAUGAAAUGAGGCAAAAACUGCAGACUCUUCUGGCAGAAAAAGCGGAUGGGUUUGGAUCCCUUAUGAGGGUAGCUCUAGGGAGACUUGGGUCCAUUGCUUUGAAGGUUGGAAGUCUUAAUUUCCUUCAACAAUCCGAUGAGACGUUAAGCCAGGAAAUUGAAAAUGUCAUUACUGGUCAUCAUACUCUCUCUGACGCACUGCUGGUUGGCAUCACCAACGAAAUUAAAGACAUGAUCACAGGACCAACCACGUCAGGUGAUCUAGAUCUUGGGAGCAGUUUUGCCACAGACAUGAAGCCGCAUCUACAUAGCAUUAAAACGUUUGUAGCAACUAUGGGUGCCACUCUCAAACAAACUAUUGACGAAGUUCUGGUGACAAUUGAGCAUGCCUCAAGUUCUUCUGAUGGUGUCUCACAGGACGUCAUUCCACAGCUGAUCUCCGUUAUACAGACAGGACGGCAGAACAUAGUGGAUAUAGGCCAAAAGCUGACCAAUUCUCUGGCCAACAGUGUCAUUGAAGCAAUAGUGAAAAAUGCCCGCACAUAAUAUAUCAAUAAAAAUAAACUGGGAAAGAAA